UACAAUAGCAACAAUGGCCGUGUAAAGAAAGCAAAGAACCAUUAGGCUAGUCUUGAAACCUGACAGAUUGUGAUAAGACGGAAUGAUGUUGAUUAAUGGGGGUACAUACCACAAUGAAUUUAGAACAGUUUAUGAUAUUUUGUAGUUACUGGAAUUUACAGUCCUUUUUGUCCGUUAAGUUAGAUGUGAAGAGGCCUGUCUGAUAUAAACACUAUCAACUCUUCUAGCUAUAAUAACAGCCAUCAUGGCUCCAAGAACGUCAGUUGGUAUCCUGGAUCAGGAUAUUGGCUUUUCACUUGCAAGAUUAUUUGAUGAAUAUAACAUGGAUCAUAUCCCACAAGGAAAACGGUUAGAUGGUCUACCAAAAAGAGAUUUAGCGCACAUAAAACAUUAUAAAGCGGCAGUUAAUAUAUUUGGCGGACCUUUGAGUAGAAAACGUGUGCUUGUCGCACCUGGAAUGGAGACACCACUAAAGCACAGAAUCGGUUUAUAUAGUAAUGAGACAGCACCACGAGAACACCCAAUAUUAAACUCUGCAUUACAUAUACCGCCACAACCAACUAAAAUCCUAACUGAGGAAGAAACAGAAGCCAAACAAGGGGAGGAAAGCAUGUCUAACUACAGAUUUUGGAUGUCGGAAAGAAAAAAACUAAGAGGUCAUUUGGACAACAUGGGUCUCUCAGAAAAUUAUUUAAAAUAUAAAGUUAACAAAACUGAUCUUGAGAAACGUGUGAUGUAUAAAAUGGUCAAUGAUUCAAGAGAAAAAGCUGCCUUAUACCGAAGAAAGCCCAAACCCAGACCCCCACCUGUGAAAAGGGAACUUCCUCCGGUUCCCAAAAUUGCCUCACCAGCCCCAUUAGCUCUGCAAAUUUUGGAUGAACAUGUAAAAGUAAACAGACUUCGUCUUCUAGACCUGUUUAAAGUUCUGGAUAAAGAUAAAGACUGGAAAGUGACGAAAAAGGAAUUUAAAAAUGCAAUGGAAAGGGCUAAUCUACAAAUAUCAGAUAAAGAAGUAGAAGAUAUGAUUGUUUGUUUAGAUGAUGAUAUUAACGAUCAAUUAGAUUAUAGUGAGUUGGCACAAGGUAUUAAAAUAUGGCAGAAGGAAAGAAGAGAAAAUAGACGGAAAGCUAGGUUAAACGAUUCAUUUGAUUCAGAAUUAUCUGGAGUUUCUUUUAGUGAUUCGUCGGGACAUGAAAGACAAAAGGGUUCAGCUAAAAGUGGAAGUAGAAAAGGAUCUGGUAAAAUGACUUCGCCGGUUCCUAUAGAAACAACAGAAAAAGCAUCUGUUAUACAGUUUGGGACAGAGAGAAGAGAAAGUAGCCAAUCAAGGAGAAGAUUACGAAUAUCAAGUAGAAAUGGUACAAGAGGUGACUCAAUCCUAAAGUCUCCAUCUCCAGAUUCAUUAGAUUCACCUGUUAAGUCAUCCUCACCACAAGCGUCAUCUCGUGGUGGAAGUAUUCGAUCUGUUAGUCGUAGCUCGACUCCACAGUAUCUAGAAGUACCAGAGAUAGAUACUGAAGUAGAGCAAAUGGUGUUAUCGUCAGAUGAAGCCAUGGUGGACUUGAUUAAACAUGAUAAAGAAGUUUUAAGAAGGAAUAAAUUUAGGAAAAAGCAUGGUAUAACAGCUGAUGAUGAACCAUGUCCAGGUGUAAUAAAGAUAGGUGAUAAAGCUAUAGAUGAUCAUUGUUCCAUGUCUACAUUAUGUGAACCAACAGGAUUGAGCAUAGAUCGAUUUAGACAGAAACAACUUGAAGAAUACAAAAAUGUUGUUAGUCUGUGUAAAGAAAGGGGUGUGGUGUUAACCAAAAAGCUUCUUGAUAAAGUCCUACUUUAUCCUGGUGAUAAACCAUAUGAUUUAUUAUUCAACAAUAUUUCACAACCGGUAGACAGUCAACGUCAGCUUAAUUUCAAAUCCUCUAAACCUACAACAGAAACAGCAAAAUCCAAAACCAUAACAGCCCAGAAGUCGACUUCUCAUGAAGCUGUUGAAAAAGAAAAAGUCAAGGCCACACGGUCGCGAAGUAGAGAUAUAUUAGUGGACAGAAAAGCUAGUUAUCUCAAAACAAGUCAAGUUGGUAAUAAUGUAACUAGGGAAACAUUAUCUACUGGCAAAGCCCUGAUAAAAACGAAAGUAGAUUGCUGGAUGACUUUCGAAGAAUACAGUAGACUGACUAGUCAUUAUGCAUCAAAAUUCAACCGUCUAAACACUAAAUCAGAUGAGAAUGCCUUCUGGCCAGGACAAGUAUUACAGAAAUUAAGGCUGUGUAUGCCACCAUAUAACCAAGCACAUCAAACUGAUUCAAGCCAUUCUAUAUUCACCUCAGUGAAAGAUACGAAGAAAUCAAACCCUGGUUAUAAUAAUGAUAUUAGUUGGUGGCCUCUUAGUGAUCAAGGUUAUAUUCAGAAUGGAAACAUUGAUAGAUUUUAUCGUAGAAGCUAAUCAUGU